AUGAACGGAUCACACGAGGGAGUUCCGGGACAAAAGCCUCCACACGUUAAUCCAUGGUGGUUCUUCGGACCAGUCCUCAGACCGGUACUCGGCAGCGGAGACACAGACACCAUCAAUUUCUUGCGUGGCCUGUUCGACGGAGUGGCACCCAUUGGCCGGACCAGUCAGGCUGGAUACAGCGUACGGGCGCCAGACUGGGCACAGGUUCGCUUGACGCCUAUCCAGAAGGACGUCUACCGCGAACACAUCACGACGGCUCAGCGAUCAAUAGAAGAAGUAGAAGCGUAUCGGAAGGCGAACGAAAUCGCUGUCACGGGGAGCGAUGUUCCCAAGCCUGUCUUGCGCAUCGACGAAGCUGGCUUCCCUGAACUCGUAACGAAGGCUGUCGGGGUACGCAACCCAGGCUCGACGCCCAGCGCGGUGCAAGCUCAGUGCUGGCCCGUAGCGCUUAAAGGUAAAGACCUCGUCGCCGUCAUCUACGAUGGAUCAAAAGGCAAGCAUCUCGCCUACCUCGUCCCGGCCAUCAUCCACAUACUGAACCAGCCAGCUGUGUUUAGCGGCUACGGACCUUUAGUGCUGGUCCUUACGGCGACGCGCGAAGCGGCCCUACAGAUUCGGGAAGUUGCCGAUGCUUUCAUCACGAGGUCAGGAAUUCGGACGAUAUAUCUCCUACCUGGAGAACCCCGGGAACCGCAACUCAAGCAGCUCGAGGAAGAUGCCCACAUUUGCGUCGCCACGCCAGGCCGACUCGUGUCUUUCAUGGAGGAGUCUAAGAUAAGCCUACGCCGCUGCAGUUUCCUGGUGCUGGACGAAGCUGACCAGAUGGUGACAAUGGGCUUCGGGAAGCAGCUUCGCACCAUUGCCGAUAACACCCGUCCUGAUCGCCAGACCCUCGUGUGGCUUUCCUCCCGCACGAAGGACGCGAACCAACUAAUAGAAGACUUAACGAGUGACUCCAUAACUGUCACCAUUGGGGUGGCUACCCACGAGGGAGACAACUUCGAGGUCGAACAUAUUGUUUGUGUUAGCGAGACGAUUGAGAAGGAGGAGAAACUCACAGCCCUUUUCAAUGAUACCCUUAGCGUCGAAGGUGACAAGGCCAUCGUGUUCGUCGAAAGGAAGCAAACGGUGGAUGAUCUCGUGUGCAAUCUGCGCCUCCAGGGUUGGCUCGCCGUCGGCAUACACGGGAAGAAGACUGAACAGGAACGUGACUACGCGCUGAAUGCUCUGCGGGUCGGUAAAGUGUCCAUACUGGUGGCAACCGACGCGGCUGCUAGUACUCUAACAGCACUGAAAGUGCGUUUAGUCGUGAGCUAUGAUUACCCUAGCAGCGAGGAUGAAUACUCGCGCCGCUUCAUGAAUGCAGCUCGGCCCGGAGGAACAGGCGUGAUGUGCACGUUCUUAGCACCGGAUGAAACUCGGCGUGCCAAGGAGGUGAUUUCGUUGCUUCGGAAGGCCAAGCAGAAUAUACCGCCGGAGCUAAUUAAUGUAGCAAAGAAUGUUCCUAGGAGGUAG